AUGAGAAUUAACACGCUGGCACACUUCUGGGUAAGGUUUGAACUCUCUAAGUUCUCGCAGAAUUUUAUCAUCUUGAAUGUGUUAAAUGGAAUUGGAACCAAACUCUCUCAACUUUUUUAAAGGAAAAUGUACACUAAAUGGAAGGAGAAUAUUUUAAUAAUCAGAUCCAUAGUCAACAUGUGUUUUUAAAUUUGAUUUCAAGACUGUCACCAGCUCGCUGACAUGGCAUCUCUGCCUUAAAUGCUAUUUUGUAUUAAUCUUUUACAUCCCAACAUCAGUAUGAACAUUCUCCAUACUGUUCUCCAUACAGUAUUGUGCAAAAGUAAUACAAACGGAAUUCGGCGAAUUUCGUUAUUUGUUCUAACGAUCUUUCGUCGAAAGUUCGAGCGAAAAUUCGAUCGAAAGUUCGAGGCCUCUUAAGCGACAUUUCGUUUGAACAAAGGGCGCUUUUUCGUUGAAUUUUCGCCUCAAAGCGAAACUUCGCGGCGGAAAGUGUCUCUUCGAUCAUUAGUGUUCGAAAUUUCGCUUCGAACUGACAAUAGACUUUCGCGAGUAAUCAAGUUUGUUUACCAUUCGUGUAAGCAACACGAAAUAUACAUAUAAACGUAUUUCCAGUCUUUUUCAGUUACUGGGACGGAGACACUUCAUAUUUGAGGCUAAACACAGUAGACAAAAGGUCAAAAUAUCGAAAAGCAUCACGCCCGAUUCUGGGCUCGAUUUGUGUUUGACAACGAAAGUAAAUCGGAAAAAUUGUCCCAAGCGUCACAUCAACUUCAGUUUCCUGACGUUUAAAGAGGUCUAAACCAUCAUAUCCAAUUCAGAGUUCGAUCAGUUUACAACAAUGAAAGUAAAUCGGGAUGAAUAGCAAUUCUGACCAAGAGACAUGUAUUUCAUGGAAAUAAACUCUCAAAUGAUUGCAAUAGUUUUUAAAAUUAACCUAAGUACAACGCUUUUUAACCAGACGGAGCAGAGAAUGUCUUUAGUGUGUUUUCAAACGUUUUCUAUUGGGAAGAAUGUUCCUUGUUUAUUCGUUUUCGAUCCCGUGCGCAAAUAGACAUCACCCAUAUCGCUGAUUGCAGCAUGCUUUCCAGAUAUCACAACACCAUGUUUGUUCGGAAAUAUUUAUUCUUCACAACAAAACACUGAAUACCAAUUGGCGACGACUGAAACAAAAAUUAGUUUAGUCACAUUGCUCUAUUUUUUCGUAAAUUCUGACAUCUUUUUCCAAUACUUGUUUUGCACUGUUCCCACAUCCGUAGAACGUCUUCCAUUCCCCGGCAUUGAUGAGAAAAGGCGGUCAGCACUUCAGCUGAAAAGAAUGCAAAUGAACAGCGAUUAAUCAAUGUUGACAAAUAAACCGGCUAUUCAUCCUGGCUUCCUAACCACCAACAUAAAUAAAUAACUGCAAUCCGCUAAAGGUUAUUUAGAAGUUCCUUUCAAACAGAAUAAAGUCAGCCCCAAAUUAUACAUUACGAUUUUAAGAAAACAAAUUCCAUAUCUGCUCAGUUUUUAACAAUAAAUAUUCAUCUACUCACUUUUAAUUGCAUCAAGUUUGUCUCGGUCAAGGGGAGCAAAUUCCUUGGUACCCUGAACAGUUGACUUCGUAAGGGUGUCUUUUGUAAAGAGGUGGUCAACUAGACGAAGGCUCGUGACGGUGGGUUUGGAGGCAGCCUUCGCAAAAUUGUAGUCAGAUUUUGUCAGCCGCACAUUAGCAUUUCCUCCAACUGCAACUGUACCAGUUCCUUAAAAAAAACAUAUAAAACAGGUAAGUUUCACUCUCAAAAUAGUUUUAUCCAUUAAAACUAAUUUAGUGCUCAGCAAGAGUGUGAAGGAUCAGGCAAGUUCACGGAUUUCUAUUGGGUAUUUUUCCUUCACACAAGUAAAAUAAACGAUAUUAUUUACCAUCUUCCAUAGGACUGCACAUUGAAGAGGACUGAUCUGGACAACGAACUUCCACGUCCUGCGGCCUAGGCGUGACAGGGGGCGGUGGAAAUUCAGCGGAAGAAUCGGUCGGCAAUGGCGUCGUAAAAUGUGAGUUAACUGGUGUGAAGGACGGACACAGGGGAGUUUGCAGCAAAGAAGUUGAAGAUGUCAGCAAGGUUAGGAUGCGAUCCAUCUUGGCCUCCUGCCUGGCAAAGGAGCACUCAAGCCUGCCCAAGACAGUCCUGAUAAACUGAAGUUCUUCAGUCGCCAUCAUUUGAGUGCCGUAGUCAUUCUGGUUCGUCCACUAUAUAAAAAAUAUUACGCAUGUCAAAUCCAAAAGUGUAAAGUUAAGUUUGAAACCCUGAUUUGUUUCAAAGCCGUUUUUUAUUCCAAUGGACGAAAUGGCCUAAAUGCUUAAAGUGACAUGCUUUGAAGUUUAGGUUAAGUGAAGAUGAAAAAUUUUUUAGGUUAUGACUUACAUUGUUGUAUUGUCAAUAGUCCUGAUGGCUUUGGAUACUAGGUCUGAGGUAAUUCCAAGGUCUUCUUGCAAAAAACUAUCAGAUUCAGCCUCCACCACUGUUAUAUGGAGGACAAAGGAUAUCCAUCUUCUUCACCAUCAGAUGAAUCCGACGAAGAGAUCACAACUGAUGAAGGUGAUGCUGUAUCUAAAUACUGUACAUCUCUUGAGAUGCUACCAAGAAGAUUUUGUGGAACAAUCAAGAGUUUUGUCCUUCAAUUUUGAAACAUUAAUGUGUGAUUCAGGGGUGAUGUUGUAAGGAGAAAUUAGAUGUUUGUCACUCUCAGGGCUCCAAGAAACUAUUGUAAAUUCAUACUUAUUUUUAUCACUGUACACUGUGAGGGCAUUCCUUCCAGAUAUGGUGGAGAAGAACAAGGGCCACGUUGUCAACAUAACCUCCAUAGCAGGCAGCUUUGCUACAGCCAACUUGACUGACUACUGUGCGUCAAAAUUUGGUGCCACAGGUUUCAGUCAAUCAUUAACCUUGCAACUGUGUGAAAUGGGAAAAACUGGCAUUAAAGUGACUUGUGUUCAACCCUACACAGUAAACACUGGACUAGUGUGGUAUCCAAAGGCUCGGUAAGCCAGUCAACCGGUCUCUACAGGCAUUCCUUAGUUUUUCAGAGACUGGAAAGUUUCCUGGCUCAAAUGCUUUUGGAAAAAUUUAUAUGGCCUGAGCCAUUUGUUUCUCAGUCUGCUCUCACUGGUAAUUAUUUGUUUGUUUGUUCUGUAGAUUUCCAUCACUAUACCCAGUCCUGGAUCGAGCCAGACUAUGUGGCCAAGGAGGUUGUGGCAGCCACUCUUAG